AACAGAGAGCAUAUCCCACUCGGACCUGCCUCUCUAGAAACCCUAAGUUACAAAAAGAGCGAGCGGCGGCGGCGGCGGUAGAACACACACAAAAAGAGCGAGCGGCGGCGGGCGGCGGAGUGUGGAAAGUCGAGGUGACGGCGCCUCGUGAGAUGGCGACGGAAGGGGACUCCGGCAAGUCUACGGAACGGCAGUCUGAAGCUCUUUCCCGGUCCCCUCAGAUCCAGAGUAAGGUUCCAGUUCGUCCUCCUCGUAACAUUAAGAAGGGCGAGCCCAUGGAUCGAGCCGUCUCUUCCCAGGAGCGCAGACUCUUGAGUGGUCUGAUCGCGAAACUGGAUACAGAGGAGGCAAAUCUGAGGGCGGAGAUUAAUAAUUUAAGGAUGAAGGUGGUGAAGGAGGGGGCUGAAACGACAAGUGGGGAGGGGUUUUCAUUGGCGCUUGGGAAACCUGCGUUAUGGAUCGCCCUCGACGGAUACAGACGUGAACAAUAUAGGCUCAGGUCUGCUAAGAAGCGAGGCAUAACACCUGAUUUGGUGGCAAAAUAUCCUGAAUUAGGCAGCGUGGCGGCUAAAGUGAGGAAACAGCCCAAGGAUAUGGUUCUGGGGACGCAACAGCAGCCUAAGGAUAUGGCAAACAAGUCUGGCAUAUUGGAUGGUGGUGGUGAUGAUAGAGGCAAAUCUCCUGUCUUAGAGGAGCAGGUGCCAAUAGCCGACUGGAAAUUCAAACCAGAGAUGGAGGUGGAUUCAGUGACACAUACCAAUGAAUCACUGAGGGAUUUUUCCAUAGUAGUAAAUACGGAUGAGUCGCCUAUGGAUUCUAUCAUAUUAAAUACAGAUGAGUCGCCGACACUAGAACCAGUUCUUUCUUGUGUCCCUGAUAUCCAGUCUGAGGAUGAGUCGUCCACACUCCAGCCAGUUCUUUGUUGCGGCCCUGAUAUCCAGUCUGAGGAUGAGUCGUCCACACUCCAGCCAGUUAUUUGUUGCGGCCCUGAUAUCCAGUCUAAGGUUCAUGCCCUUCCUCUUCCUCCUCAUUGCAGGAAGCAGGAGGAUCCAGUUCUCCCUCCUAAGCAUCUCUUACAACAGCAGAAGCAACCAUCUGUGCAUAACCACCAUGAGAUUUGUCCGCAAGGUACCAAUGACGAUGUGGCGACAACCUUGGGGGCCCAGUUCCAGAAUUUGGACUUGUCCGUAUCCAAAUUGGUGGAAUUGGACAGAGGCGAAUCCCUCUCGGAGGAACAGGUCAAAUUUCUGGAGACCCAGCAGCUGCCCAGGGAUAUGGCAAACAAGUUAGACAUAUUGGAUGGUGGUGGUGAUGAGACAGAGGUUAAGAUGGGCAGAGGCAAAUCUCUCAAAGAGAAACAAGUCACGGUUCUGGAGACCCAGCAGCAGCCGACGGAUGUGGCAAACAAGUUAGACAUAUUGGAUGGUGGUGCUAAUGAGCCAGAGGUUGAGAUGGACAGACGCAAAUCCCUCUUGGGGGAACAGGUCAAGGAUAUGGCAAACAAGUCACACAUAUCACUCUCGGAGGAAAGGGAAACCUGGAAGCAGCAGCAGUCUAUACUCUUUUCAAAGCUCGAAUCCUGUGUGCAGGUGCUCAAAGAGAUGAUGGAGGCAGGCAGAGGCGCGGUCAACUUCUACCCUGAGAUGCAGAUUGAAGAGUUGUCAGCAGUGUAUCACAGGACAAGUGAAGCAAUUCGUAACUUGCACUUUCUUUUAAAGAGUAUACCUAAUUGGGUGUGGGAUGAGGUGGAGGGGAAGCAAAUGGCCAAGGCAGGAAUGGCAGUCAGAGCGAAAACCUUCAUGGAGAAGCAGGUGAUUGGUCCAUUGCCUCGUGAGACGGAUAUGGAAGGGGGAUCCAGGAAGCAGCAGCAGUCUCAACUUCUUCCCUGUGGCCUUCAGAUUCAGAGUAAUGAUCAGUCUCUUGGCAGUAAGAAGGGGAAACACGGGGGUCGUAAGAAGGGGAAACAUGAGGGGCAUAAGAAGGGGAAAUACAGGGUUUGUGCUGCUGCUCCAUCCAUGGAUUUCGAGAUGGAAGAGGAAUCCGGGAAGCAGCAGCAGCUGCCAAGAUUUCUUCCCCAUGGCUCUGACAUCCAGAGUAGUGAUCAGCACAUGAUCGACCUGAAGGUUGACAAGCAGAAGCAGAUGACUGAGGUUGAGAUCGACAAGCAGAAGCCGAUGACCGAGGUCAAGAUGGACAAGCAGAAGCAGACGACCAAGGUUGAGAUGGACAUACGGAAGCAGAUGGCUGAGGUCAAGAUGGAUGAUAUGGACAUAGGCAAAUCAGUCCAAGAAUUAACCAUGGAGAAGGAGGAGAUAGCCGCUGAGGAAGAGGAUUUCGCUUGCUACAGAAGGGCCUGGGAAUCUAGACAGGGACCCGAGGGGUGCGGUUUCUUCGAAGACACAACGCAAUUGAGCUCCAUGCACUUCACACACUUGACACCUAAACCCAGCUUAGACGAUGCUAUCGUCGCGGAGACCUUGCAGAUCCUCUCCAUUAAACUAACAGAAAUUAAAGGUGGCUUCAAAUUGCCAUUGUCUGUGUAUGGUGUGGUUGCUGCUCGGGACAGUGUCGAUAACAAUCGCAACCUUCUCUUCGCGCACAGUAGGAUAGCGCCCCAAAGAAUCAGGCAACACAAUCCAUAUUUGCGCUUGAUUGGGCCGUCUCGUGCAAUUCUCUGCAGAGACCCUGUUCGCUUUGAAAUUCAGCUAAAAGUUGAACGUGGAGCAGUGUCUCGAGAUAGAGCAUUGAUCAGCGCAACUCGCGAUUUCUACGCUCGUCAUCCUGGUGUGCAUACCAUCUGCUUCGAGAACCGCUUCUGCAAAAUAGAGUUAUGCGUCGAGCGGCUUGUGGAGACGAUCCAGGCCACGAUCUGCAGUGUCCGUGUUGUUAAACAGGGGACACGGCAGCGUGUUGAAAGUCGAUUUUCAGUCAUUCGGUCGUGAACUCGUGAUAGCAUAGGCCCUGCCACGUCUUGAUUUUCAGUCGUUCGGUAGUGAACUCGUGAUAUGUCUCAGCGCGGACGCGAGAGACGAGGAGCUACCUUAGGCAACUCCAACGCGCCCAGGCAUACUCUCUGUUUGUGUCCGUUCUGACAAAAAUAUUGCCCAACGUAGACAUAUUCUUA